CGCCGCGGCGUUCCCCGGCGGCCUGAAGGAGGACGCGGGGCGCUCGGCGGGCCCCAGCCAUGGGGUGUUGCGAGGCGCGGGGGCUGCUCUGGAGAUUCGGCCUCUUCCUCCCCCUGCUGACGGCGCGCCCCGCAGCCGGCGGACACGGCUCCUCUAACCAAGUUGUGCUGCUUGAUACUACAGCUGUCCUUGGAGAACUAGGUUGGAAGACAUUUCCUUUAAAUGGGUGGGAUGCCAUAACUGAAAUGGAUGAACACAAUCAUCCCAUUCAUACCUACCAGGUAUGUAAUGUGAUGGAACCAAACCAAAACAACUGGCUUCGAACAAACUGGAUUUCCCGUGAUGCUGCACAGAAAAUUUAUGUGGAAAUGAAGUUUACCCUGAGGGACUGCAACAGUAUUCCAUGGGUAGUGGGAACCUGCAAGGAAACUUUUAAUCUCUACUACAUGGAAUCAGAUGAGUCUCAUGGAUUAAAAUUCAAGCCAAACCAGUACACUAAAAUUGAUACUAUUGCAGCUGAUGAGAGCUUUACCCAGAUGGACUUGGGUGAUCGCAUUCUUAAACUCAACACAGAAGUUCGUGAGGUUGGGCCAAUAAACAAGAAAGGAUUUUAUCUUGCUUUUCAGGACAUUGGAGCGUGUAUUGCAUUGGUCUCAGUCCGUGUUUAUUACAAAAAGUGCCCUUUCACAGUCCGUAACUUGGCCGUGUUUCCUGAUACUAUUCCAAGGGUUGAUUCUUCCUCUUUGGUGGAAGUGCGGGGCUCCUGUGUGAAGAGCGCUGAGGAGCGUGAUACUCCAAAAUUGUAUUGUGGAGCAGAUGGGGAUUGGCUUGUGCCUCUUGGACGAUGUAUCUGCAGUGUAGGAUACGAAGAACUGGAUGGUUCCUGUCAUGCUUGCAGGCCUGGAUUCUAUAAAGCAUUUGCUGGAAAUGUAAAGUGCUCCAAGUGCCCUCCACAUAGUUCGACCUAUGUUGAAGCAACUUCAGUCUGUCAGUGUGAGAAGGGUUACUUCAGAGCUGAGAAAGAUCCACCAACUAUGGCAUGUACCCGGCCACCUUCUGCUCCCAGGAAUGUGAUUUUUAACAUUAACGAAACAGCUCUUAUGUUGGAAUGGAGCCCACCAAGUGAUACCGGAGGAAGAAAAGAUCUCACUUACAGUGUCAUCUGUAAGAAAUGUGGGUCAGACGCGAGCCAGUGUGAGAUAUGUGGGGGAGGAAUCCGCUUCAUCCCCAGGCACACGGGUCUCAUCAACUCCUCCGUGACAGUGCUGGACUUUGUGUCACAUGUGAACUACACCUUUGAAAUUGAGGCCACGAACGGCGUCUCGGAGAUGAGUUUCUCUCCCAAGCAGUUCACAGCUAUCACGGUUACCACAGACCAAGAUGCACCCUCCUUGAUAGGUAUGGUAAGGAAGGACUGGGCUUCCCAAAACAGCAUUGCCCUCUCCUGGCAAGAGCCGGACUUUCCCCAUGGAGCCAUUCUGGACUACGAGAUCAAGUACUAUGAGAAAGUCUACCCACGGAUAGCGCCGGCAUUUUGGCACUACCUGCGGGUAGAAGAGCAUGAGCAGCUCAGCUAUUCCUCCACAAGGUCCAAGGCUCCAAGUGUUAUCAUCACAGGUCUCAAGCCAGCCACCAAGUAUAUAUUUCAUAUCAGAGUCAGGACGGCAGCAGGAUACAGCGGCUAUAGCCAGAAGUUUGAAUUUGAAACUGGAGAUGAAACUUCUGAUAUGGCUGCAGAGCAGGGACAGAUUCUUGUGAUUGCCACUGCUGCCGUUGGUGGAUUCACUCUCCUGGUCAUCCUCACUUUGUUCUUCCUGAUCACUGGGAGAUGCCAGUGGUACAUAAAGGCCAAAAUGAAAUCUGAAGAGAAAAGAAGGGCUCAUUUGCAAAAUGGAAAUUUACGUUUCCCAGGAAUCAAAACAUAUAUUGAUCCAGAUACAUAUGAAGACCCAUCUCUUGCUGUCCAUGAAUUUGCAAAGGAGAUAGAUCCUUCAAGAAUUCGUAUUGAGAGAGUUAUUGGGGCAGGUGAAUUUGGGGAAGUAUGCAGUGGACGUCUGAAGACACCAGGAAAAAGAGAGAUACCUGUUGCAAUUAAGACUCUAAAAGGUGGUUAUAUGGACAGGCAAAGAAGAGAUUUCCUGAGAGAAGCUAGUAUAAUGGGUCAAUUUGAUCACCCAAAUAUAAUUCGUCUUGAGGGAGUUGUUACAAAAAGAUCCUUUCCGACCAUUGGGGUGAAGUCUCUUUCGAGAUUCCUGAGGGCGGGAUUUUUAAAUAGCAUCCUGACCUCACAUCCAGUCUCAGGGGGUGGAUCUUUACCCCCCAGCAUUUCCUCUGGCAGACCAGUAAUGAUUGUAGUUGAAUACAUGGAGAAUGGAUCCCUUGACUCCUUUCUGCGGAAACAUGAUGGCCACUUCACAGUCAUCCAGCUGGUUGGCAUGCUGCGGGGAAUUGCAUCUGGCAUGAAGUACCUCUCAGACAUGGGCUAUGUACACCGUGAUCUGGCAGCCCGUAAUAUUUUGGUCAACAGCAACCUCAUGUGUAAAGUCUCUGACUUUGGUUUGUCACGAGUGUUGGAGGAUGAUCCGGAAGCUGCUUACACAACCAGCGGUGGAAAAAUUCCCAUCCGGUGGACUGCUCCUGAAGCUAUAGCUUACCGCAAGUUCUCUUCAGCAAGCGAUGCGUGGAGCUAUGGGAUUGUAAUGUGGGAAGUCAUGUCCUAUGGUGAGAGACCAUACUGGGAGAUGUCCAACCAGGAUGUUAUACUGUCUAUUGAAGAAGGUUACAGGCUACCAGCUCCCAUGGGCUGCCCAGCUUCUCUUCACCAGCUCAUGCUUCACUGCUGGCAAAAGGAGAGGAACCACCGUCCAAAAUUUAGCGAUAUUGUCAGCUUUCUGGACAAACUGAUCCGCAAUCCAAGCACCCUUCAUACCCUAGUGGAGGAUGUACUUGUAAUGCCAGAUUCACCUGGUGAAGUUCCAGAAUUUCCUUUGUUUGUUUCAGUUAGUGACUGGCUGGACUCCAUAAAAAUGGGUCAAUAUAAAAAUAACUUCAUGGCAGCAGGUUUCACAACUCUAGAUAUGGUUUCAAGAAUGAGUAUUGAUGACAUUAGAAGAAUUGGAGUUGUACUCAUUGGACACCAGAGACGAAUAGUCAGCAGUUUACAGACUUUGCGGUUACACAUGAUGCACAUACAGGAGAAAGGAUUUCAUGUAUGAAAGUACUAGAAUCAACUGUGUUUUGUGCCUCAACAUUUCCAAAAUGGAAAAUAUUCUCAUUCUUCCCUUCUGCUCUUCUCAACUUCAAGAACUGCAGUCUCCUGGUUAGACUCCAAAAGUACUUCUACGUUAAUGCUUCCAAACUGGAAUUUUUAAUCACACUGCAUAGCUCCUCCGUCAGUUAUCUGCCAAUAAAAUCCUGACCUACUGCAAGACUUGCUACACAUUGAUGAAUAAUAACUCAGCAACUCAGCAUGGAUGUGUAACUUUGUAUAACAGUAUCUGGGAAACUUUCACAAACUUACUUGAAAGUAGUAAUCCAUUUGGCCUGGUGUGGCUUCUUUAUCGAUGUAUUUAGAGUUUGCUGGUAGAUCAAAACGUAUUUGACUUCUUUCAUGUUCUGUGACCAUGUAACUUCCAAUACCAAAUGUGCAAUCAAGAAGUUUCACUUAAAUAUUUAUUUUAUCUCUUAAUUAAAUCAAAAUGUAUGGGUCCUAUUGUUAUAUUACUUUAUAAUAGUUUAAAUGCUGGUAAGCCGGUGCCUCAAAAUGUUAGCAUUGUUUGCAAAAAUGACUGAUGAUUUUAUGUAGUGAGUUUUCAUUGUGUUGGAAUUGGGAGGAUAGUGAGAGAAAUCUGGCUUAAAUCUUCAGGUCCUUGAUUCUGAAUUACUUUAGCACGCGACACUUUUUAUGCUUUAAAUUUUAGAUUAGGUCGGAAUAUUUAUUCAGCCCUAGAUCUUUUUCUUUCUUUUUUUUUUUUAAUAGUCAGCAUUUGCCUCUACUCCGUGGCAAAUUGUCACCAGAAAGCUGAUUGUAAUGUUUCCAUAACUACAUGUAAAACAUGGUUGUCAGCUAUACUGUGGUCACACAGACUUCAGAAAGUUUUCUGUUCCAAAAAUGUAGGCCUCCACAACUUGAACUACGUAUCAUUUCCACCAGUGGUAGUAGACUUAGAGGGCCAACCAUCAGUGGGGUGCUGGAGCAGAUUGGCCAUAGCAUCAUCCAAUUGAAGGUAGCGGUACAGCCACAAACUAAUGCUGGAAGUUACACUCUGUGGUGUUUGGUUUUAUUAUACAUAGGCAGAAAAGGAGACAUAGGACAGCAGUGUAAUAAUAUGUUGCCUUGAGUCUACUUCUAACUGCUUUUAGAAGUGAAAAGCAGACUCUGCUGAAAUGGAGUUCUGGUUUCUAUGGGGGCCAGAUCUUCAUUUAGUACAAAUACCUAAAUGACAUCGAAGAUAAUUACCUUUAGAACUCUUCAAUAGCCAUAUUUACAUGCAAGAUGGCUGCAAAGGCCUCACAUAAUAUUUGUACCUCUGUAAGACUUACAGCUUUCAUGUUUUAUUCAGACAACUUACACACAUGUGCUAGGCUACAUUUCCAAACUUUUGCAUGGGAUAUGCGCUACUAGGAACUGGGACACGAGCGCAUGUCUGCGAGCUGGAGAAGUCACACGCAGAUCUACAUGCAUGUCACAUGUAAACUGGGUGCAGAUGCUUUUGUUAAUUUAUACAUAGUUUGGAGGACAUUCUUAAGUUACAUGGCAUUUCAGCAUUUCAAUAUAAACAUUAUUCAAUAUAAACAUUGCAGAUCUUCAGUUAAAUCGUGCGUUUGGGUAAUUACUAUAAUAUAUAUGUAUAUCAAAAUGAAUUAACUACGUUAUGUAAUCAUAAUGAUAUUUAGUGCUUAAUUUGCAGCUUGUAAAUCGAAUUGUAUUUCCUGACUCUCUAAAAGGCUGCCAUUAUAUACUGGUGGCAAAAAAGGAAAAGCAGAAAGCAACUCAGAAAAGAUUAGGCUUCCAACUGGUUCACAGAGUAAGACAUGCUAGGCCUGAUUCACUGUUGUUUCCUUAUGCUGGAAUAACUUCAUUCAUUUAAAUGGGAUACCAGUAGUGAACUGCAGAAAUUUUUUCUUUCUUCUGUUAAAAAAAAAAAAAAAACCAGAUUUAACUGAAGAAAAAGUUUUCUAAAGAUAAGGAUUCUCCAGUGUUCUAUGAUGUCAAUUUGAUAAGCAUGUUUAAAGAAGGGCAAUGUCAGUCUUAUUUUAGCUACAAAGAUAAUUUUAUCAGCAUGAGUAGUCCCACUGACCUCAGUUUAAUAAAUUCUGCCCCAGUUCCUAAUCUGAGCUUUUAGGGUUUUUUCUGGAAGGGUUCCCUUAGAGAUAAAUUCAUACUUACCUUAAGCCUUUUAAAAAAACAGCAACAUUACAGAGUAAUUUAAGACUUGAUUUUCCUUUAUUAUUUUGUUUUCUAUUAUGCCAGUCAUUGCUUUUAUGGCCAUCAAUGUGACACCUAUGAAAGGAGCCUCUCACAUUUAAAUUUCUUACUGAGGAGAUAUGAGUCUGUUAUUUGUUAGUGGAGUUUCAAAAUUGCUCAUAACUGGACCAGACCAUGAGAGUGCACUUUCAAAUUCCCCUUUGCACAUUUUUUCAUUCCUGGUAGUGUGUACGCAAAGCAGUAUGUUACAUGCACACAACCUGGGUAUAUUUCAUGGAAAUUAAUUUCCAAAUGUAUCACACUACUGAAAAUAUAUUUUCAAAUAAUAUAUAACAGCAAUAUAAAAACAUUUAUUAAUCAGAUCUAUUUUUUAUAUGAAUAAGAAUUUGGGUAACCAGAAAGAAAAGAAGAAGGGAUUUAAGUGAUAAUAUUUAUUAAAAACAUUGUAAGUCCAGGAUUUUUUGGGUUUAUAUGGUUUACAUUUUUGUUUUGGUGGUGCAAUAUGACACUUUUAUAAUAGUUGUUCUAAUCAAAUUUACAUUUGCCCCAUUUUGGAAACAUUUUAUUUGCUCUUGUUAUGUUUCCAAGCCUACUCUUCCAUUUUAUUCAGCACAAAGAAAAGUGCUACUGUUAUGGCUGUUUAUCUUUUUGUUCAUUUAAAAACAAGAACAAACAAACAUGGUGUUUUUCAAAUGUGAGCUCAAUUUUGUGCAGGCCAGAAGUGCAUAUGUGAAACUCAAGUAACUUCCUUUAUUGCAGGGAAUACUUUCUUUGGGUGAAAAUUACUUUAUUUAGUUAACCUGCAUAUUGUAGUGCGCAGUUACUGAUUAAAUUUAACAAAUUUAAGUAAAUCUGGAAAGCUGUUAAUGAAAAUCCAGCCAACAUUGCAUGGUGUUUCAUGACUAAAAGUACUUAUUGAAAGUUAAUGAAAUAAGGACUGCAUGAUAUGCAAGCCCCCUUAAAAUUGAUUAAAAUGUGGACAUAAGGAAAUAGUUCCAAGCUAGCUAUUUACAAGUGAUAUCCAUGUGCAGGCUUUUCUAACAGACCUGGCAGUCAUGCAUCUAGACCAAAUCCAUCUGUACUGUUAGUGCUACCGUGUACAAGACUUCAGAUGAUAGCUUUAGUGAGGGCCUUUAUCUGCUGGGCAGGAAAACUGGAAACCUUUGAAAAAGAGAGGACCCCAUGUGUAAUGCUGGUGUUGAAAUUAAAUGAGUAACAGCAUAAUGUCUGUCCAAUAAAAGCUUAGGUGCAUGCUAUGCUGUAAUACAUCAGCAUCAGGCUAUCCUACAAGUGCAAAUAGUACACUCAGCAAGUAAUUCAAGCAACUUAAUUGCUCUGAACAAAGCAUUCUGUGUCAGAAGCUGGUUUAUUCUGACACAGGAUUCAGACUGUAACACUUUGAUUUUUUGUAAUUUAAGACUCGCUGUUUUCCAUUGUUAUAGAUAUGCUGAGCCAAAUGGAGCUCCUGAGCUCCAUGAAGUUCUUUUUCAAUGCAGAUUCAUAGAGGAUCCAAACAUGGGUUGUAAGUAACAUGCAGAUGCCCUUUAUUCAGAUGCAGUAGAGAUUUAUUAUGUGGAAGAGCUGAGAAUGUGGAGGUACCUAGUAAGAGGGAAUUUACCACAGCAAUUCCCAUGUUAGAAUGACCCCGUGGAACUAUGUCAGCCACCAAAAUAAAGCAGCAUAUAAUGUAGUUUAACAUGCAGUGAAGGCCAGUUACUCCAUUUUAGGUAGCCCCAUUGCAAACUGAAGAAUGUUUUCAGUUAUUUUAACUCAGCUGAUGGAACGGUUCUGCAGGAUGCAUCCUGGCAGCUGAGAGUUUCUCUUGUAAACACACAAUACCUGUAACUACCCCUUCACAGGCUCAGUCUAUCUUGGUAUAUGCACUGCACAGAUUGGGAAGGAGGGCUCACGUCUAAUCCAGUCUAAUACAUCUUUUAUAGUAACCAAAGUUAGAGUAUUAAUAAAUAGGCUUUGGUCUAUUGCAUCUUCUAGGAAAAGUAUUAAAAACUGAGGUACUUCAUUUAUCAUGGCAUUUGUGCAUGGUUGAAGAGUGCUGUACUCUGUUAAACAGAUUUAUUUUGGAAUGCCCUUGCUCACUAACUAUAAUUGAUCUUUCCUGAGUAAAUUGCAAAGAUAAUAUUUUCUUCCUUUAUUAACAGUACUUUUUUUUUUCUUUUUUUUUUUUUUGAGAGCAAGAGAGAGAUCUGUUAGGUUGGGCUAACACAGAGUACUACAGUGAUCUUGAAAUCUCUCAGAUAGACAAAUGAAUUUGUACUGAAAAGGGAAAACAAAAAUCUAAAAAGAUUAGAAUAAGGUGAAAAAGGAAAACUGCCCAUAUUGUGCCAGGGAGCUCUAACAAAACCAAAGGAAAUGGCACAAAAAUGUUCCAUGUAUUUAGAGUCUACAAAUAUCUCCUACCAUCAUCUACUGUACACUGCUCAUCUGUGAAUGCUAUGGCUGUAUAGAGAUCCUCAGAUUAUGGACUAGGAGAUGUUGAGUACAUAAUAAUGGAUAUAAAAAAUAUGUGGAUGUGUAUAUAAAGAAUUGUAAAUAUAAUGUGUAUCAUAAUGCUUGAGAUUUUUCAAGCGUACAUAAAUUAAUUACCUGGCUCCCAAUAAUGGUAAUAGGGUUGAUCUUCUCCACUGGCACUUAAAAUUUUAAGCUUCCCAAAAUUCCUUGGCUUUUUGUCUGGAAAUGGAGCACAGCCUCUCUCUUUCUCCCUUCACAGGCAGGAAAAAAAGAACUUUUUUAGUUAGAUCUGGUCCAUGCUAUAAAAAGUUUGAGUACCUCUGCUGAAGUCACCAAAGAUGAACAGUAUAUAAAUGAUUUUCUUUUAAAUAGUCAUUUAUAGACUCAUUUGAGGUUAAAAUAGGGGAAAAUUUCAAGGGAAUGUGAGUAAUGAUAUGUCAGUAUAUUCUAUAAAGAGGUAUGUUGAAAUUUAGAAAGGAAAAACAAAAAGGAUUAAUGAAAGAACAGAAGGCUAAAAAAUGAGUAGGUUAAAAUAAAUGUCCAUAUUUUAUAUGUGAAAUAACACCAGUUCACAUAGUGAAAUCUAUUUGUGUGCAUGUUUCUUUGAAUAUUCUACAUCAGUAUUUCUUACUUUUCUUUCACACAGGAGAUUUCAUAUGUACAUCUCUCUUCCACAAAGGUUUAACAUAUUAUCUGAUUUUUCAUACCUGUCUAAUUAAACGGAAGUUAAUAAGGCUAAGUCAUGGCACUGAAGAUAUGGAAAAAUAUAUUAAGAUCAAUCUCAAAAUCAUUUCAAGCUUUCAGCUCUUCUGCUUUGUUCAUGUCCCAAAUUUUCAACUAUGUCUAAGUAUCUGAGUACUUGACUAGUUGGUAACUAUACCUGUGUCCCAGAAAUAAUGUAUGUACUGUACCAUGUUCAGAAACACCUGAAUGUGUAAACAGUUCAGUGCUUGUGUGGCUUAAUUCAGAUAAGAAGGCUGACUAGAAAUUGAACUAUUAUCAUGAGUAGAGUUAGGCACAAAAUGCUUGCAAAUCCAAGCCCUUAUAGAAUAUUUGUAAGGCAGAAUGAGAUAACAUAAUUUUGUCCUUUUUAAAUUUAGUUCUACAUAUGGUUUCCUUGAGAGUCCCCCGUAUUCAUUGUUAUUAUGAGAAAACCUUCUGUUUCAUACAAGUUUUGGGGAAUAAUCUCUAACAUGCAAGCUGAUUACAACUUCAGGAAUACUAAUACUUCUCAUUAUUGACAACUCAGUAAAGAACUGCUAAGCAACACGUAGAUAAGGCAAAACCCUGGGACUGAUAACUCAAAAUCACAAAGAAAUCUACCUGUCUGUAUUGUGAACUUUGCCUGGAUGCCUGGAGCCUUGUUUGUUUGGAGAGUAACCUUGCAUCUAGGAUCUGGAAAAUCAAAUUUAGGGAAAAUCUGCACUAGAAUCCAAUUAUUUAUUUCUGAUUGUGAAUUAUUAAAAAUAAUGCCUGUUGAAUCAGUAUGGGGAGUAUUUUCAUAGUACUAACACAGCAUAAUGUUCUGGGGGUCCUCUGGAGCAGUAACAGGAAACAAUCUAUUUGCCGGUUUUCCAGGCUCCAGCAUGUGACAAAAAAAAAGGUACAGUUGUCAUAAUUUAGAUUAGAAUCUCCAGUAGACACAAUUUUAUUUUCUAAACAUAUAAAUGAAGAACUAAUUUAUCUUCUUGUUGCAUGUUGGCUUUUUUGAGAGGAACCUAAAAAAACAUUAAAAAGGAGAGCUGUCUAGUUGAGUGGCUUAUGCACCAAAUUUUCAAUUCUCUCACGUUCAGACUGAGUUCUACUUGAUAAUGAGAAGCAAAAAAGGAAAAGCAAAGCAAGAAUAUGUUUUAGCAAGCUGAAUGCUUUGAUUCAUAUAACUUACUAUCACCAUCUCUUUAAGUACUGCAUAAGAUUAGAUGAAAAAGACAGAAAAUACAGCCAGUGUUUCAAAUCUGAAGAUCCUUUAGUUACUAAAUGCCAACUUCACAAUUACAUUUUUGCCUUGGGAUGGUUCUACUCUAGAUUUCCUAUUAUUUUCACAUUCUCAUGAAGGAUUUUAAUAAUUUUUUUUAUUAAUUCCAGCGAUGAUUACGUAAUUGUGCGAGGAAUUAGUUUCAUUGUUGAUAGGCACUGUUUUGUUGUGGCAUAAGAGUUUGAUACUGACUUCAGUGUCAGUAGUAUGAAGUUCUAUCUUACAGAAACAGUUGUAGGAUUCAGCUCUCCUAAUAAAUUCUCCCUUUCUGCAUUCUACUACUGGCACGGUUGAUUUGAUGUUAGAGAACCAACAUUUAUUAGUAUGCAUGCUGUCUUGCCGUUCAAAUGUAUUACUAAAACUUUAUGUGAGUUUUAAUUUCUUUCUUGAGUGUUCCAGGUUGAGAUUAGCUUGAUCAUCCAAAAUCACUUAAAUCCAUAAGUAGCCAUCAAUGGACUGAAAUAAGGUUUUGGACCAAGGGUUUCCAAAGAUUUGUAUGGAAUGGAUGCCCUGCUUUAAUAAGGGGAAAGAGUGCACUGAUCAUAAAAGGCAAUGCUGCUACCUCAGGAAUGUGGCAAAAAAGAUUAUGGUUACCUUCAGUUUGGCACAAGCAAGGUACAAAACACGGUUGCUGCACUGUUGUUCUAUCUGGAAUGGGUUCAUCACUGAGUUUGGAGUAAGUAAAACAAACCUACUAAUCUAACAGAAUUACUCCAGUGUGUAAUAGAAAUGUUUUGGUGUUGUUUUUUUCUUAGAAAAUUUCCCAAAGUCCUGGAUUUAAAUCCACCUUCCCCAUCAACAAAGAAUACAACCUUUAUUUGUAGGAUUUGUCACUCUUUUCUUCUUUAACACACAGCAUUAUAUAAUAUGAUCUCCCCUUCAGAAUAGCAGUUCUAGCUAUUUUCCUCUUUGAAUGAACUCUGUUAUACACUCCUAGUGCAAUGCAGCAUAAGGUUUGAGAUUUGCCAGUUAAUUAAUGGCACAGCAGCAAAUAAAAUAAAUAAUGCCCUCCUAGUGGUUCUGUUUACUGGACUCUUUCAUUAAUACCAUAUUUCAAGAAAACCAUGCUACUCUAAAAUACCCAACACAUAGACACAAACAUUUUAAAACUUAUGACCAUGAUUCUGUAUCAGCUUCUCUCCAAGAAACAGUUUGAUUUGAAUUGGCCGUAUAUCAUUUUUUGAUGUCAUUUCUUCUGCAGCUAUUUCUUCUUCUGACUUUUGUUCAUGAGGAAGAAAGUUAUUUCAGAUAGGAGUAGGAAAAGUUGUUUCUUGGUUAAUUCUGGUGAAGGAAUUGGACUUUAUCAGUAUUUCAGUAUAGGUUGUUCUUACCUAGAACCAUGGGUCCAAUGUCAGAAUUCCCUUAUGGUAUCAGUUACAUCAGACAUGGUGCUGUCAUGGUUGAAAACCUGAAGACUAACAAAAGGGGCUUGCUCUUGUUUGGUGCAGUACAACUCUUAUUGACUUCAGUAACAACAGCAGAUACUCUGCACUCCUCAGGAUUGCUUCUGCAGUUUAACCAGGAAAAGAAAGGCUUAAGAAAGAUCACAUGAAACCAUAUUUACUGAAAGGCAACUGUUUACUUUCUAGCAAAUCAAACUUCAUCAAUCAAGUUGGUGUCAGUUGUUUUAAUUUUCUCAUCUUUUUUUAAAAUUUCAUUUGCAGAAAAAAAAUACAAGAAAAAUAUUUGUUUACCUUCCAAAAAUUAGCUUUCAUUUUCUCUUGGGAUAUAAUGUAGUCAGUAUGCUUUCUCAGGUUAGCCUCUAUUUCUUUGUGCUGGUUUUAAAUGCAUAUGAAUUAAAGAAGUUUUGAUCUCUAUCUCUUCUGUGAAAUUAGAUUGUACACAAUUAAAUAAGACUGCUCUUCAUAGUCUGCUGUUCUUGCAUAGCCAUAAAAUGUAUCAAUGUAUCAAUGUAUGUGUAUAUAUGAAUAACUACUUGAUGACAGACACAUUAUAUAUUUAAGCAGCCAUGUCAAAACUUUAAAGGUAGAUGACUUCAAAAGUAACAGUAUAAUCAUACUUGCAAACCAUUUUACAGAGAAACCAUGGCCUCAGCCCAGAUCUCAUUUCCUUAUCAGUACUCUGGAAACCACUUUUUUUCUUUAAAGACCCCAGAUCACAGUUGUUUUUCAGCUGCUUUUUUUUCUUCUCACCAAGAUAUAUUUGAAUAGUGAUGACUACCUGUAACUGAAUCUUCACCAUCCAUCUCACAGAAAAGCAACCUUGGCACUGUGCCUCUAAGUUGUAUCUUCAUUGGUCUGAACCUGUGUCGCACUGCACACAGCAGGCAAGGUCUACUAAUUUGGAGAGACUGAACAUUCCGUAGCAGGUACUGUGACCGCCCCACUGUUCAGAACAACUUUUUUUCAUGUAGUUUACCUCCCACACAUGCUCCAAGCACAUUUUUUCUUUCUCUUUUGAACGGUUUAUAACAGUAUUGCAGGAGUCACCAUGAAAUAAAAACCGUAGUACUGAUUCUGCAGACCGAAGAGGAAUUUACAUUAGAAGUGAAGUUAUUAUUUUCUGAAAAGUGGCGUUAUCAUUUUUUAAUCCUAUUCCUAUGAUAAUACGAUGUUCCAUGUAAAUUCUCAUGUGCUGGCAUGCCUACGAGUUAAUAGUGUAAUAGAAUGCUCAGCUCUCAACAUUAGAGUGUUUUUAAGGUGAAUUGCAUUACAUAUGCCAUCUCUUUGCAGAAAGAAUAUGGGGUUUGGCAAAGCUACCUGCUGAGCAACAUAAUAAGAUUUUUGUACAAAGUACAAGUUACUGAUUAUUAUUGUAUUUUAUUUUUCUAUGAUUUCCUAAGAGGCAUUAUCAGGUCUUACAGAUGGGGUAAGCCUGUUUAUUAAGAUAUUUAUUAGCAAAUAAAAGUUACAGUACUGGUGGUUAUUUUUGAGUUAAUGGUGUUUGUUUUGCCUUAGGUUACUAAUAUAAUGAUACACAGUGAAGCCUGUCAUACAUGAUCAUGCAAAAGAAAAAAGAAAAAAAAAACAGCUGCUUAA